UACGAUAACAGCGUGCUUCCAUAUCACAACGGGAUUCUCCUCUUCAUACAUGUCGAGUAUCUUGACCAAUUCUGCUUGGCGCAGGGUCUUCCGGCAUUUUGACUCAAUUACCAGUGCUGAAUUUAAACCAGGGGCUCGGGAUCCGCUAUUCCCGGUGCACGAUUGAAGAAUGUUGGGCUGUACGAGAGCAGCCUCCAUGGUCAAACUCCAGGAUCCACGCCUUUGGCACGUCUUCAGACACAGGAUCUACCAGAACGACGCAAUUUUCACAGAGGGUAGGCCUUCUCUGGCAAAGAUAAAGGACCCUUCAUCGUGGCCAUUUGUAAGGGCCAUACAAGUCCCCUGGUUUAGGCGACAUAUACAUGCCGCGGCCAAUUUGGAUACCCUUUUUAUUCUUAUCCAGGGUGGUGGUGUUAGCACAGGCGUGUCCCUUUGCCUAGUCUUUGAUGUAGCUGCCAGUAUCUACGGAACCUGGUAUUUCAAAGGAUUGGGAGGUCAGCUUACCCCAUCGACAAAUUCUAUAACCGACCAGGGCCAUGUUCUUGUUGUGCUAUACCAAUAAAGGACCUUAAUGUCGGGGUGGAGAAAUGUGACAAAGGACACAAUGGAGGUUUUGGCGUCGGUCGAUGGUAGUCUAAAGUCCUAACAGAUGGCUUGUGAACGUCCUGUGGUU